UGAAGGUAUCUUUUCUUUUAUCUGGGAGCAUCUGCACCAAGACAAAUUCCUUGUGUGUCCAAUCACACUUGGCCAAUAAAAAAUUCUAUUCUAUUCUAUUCUAUUCUAUUCCUAAUUCAUAUUCUAUUCUAUUCUAUGACUAUCAUUAAGUGUUGUACCUUAGGAUUCUUGAUGAAGGUAUCUUUUCUUUUAUCUGGGAGCAUCUGCACCAAGACAAAUUCCUUGUGUGUCCAAUCACACUUGACCAAUAAAAGAAUUCAAUUCAAUUCAAUUCUAUUCUAUUCUAUUCCUAUUCCAGUAUCGUAUCGUAUCGUAUCGUAUCCUAUUCUAUUCUAUUCCGUUUCGCGCUGCUCUCCGUGCAUUUUUCGUUUCCACGCCAUUUUUCCAGAGGAACCCACCCGAAAAAGAAAAAAAAGCUCUGGGGCAGGAAGGACGAAAGCAGAAGAAGGGGAAAAAGAAAAGAAGCCCCCCAGCUGUAAAACAGCCCUUCGUAUCUUUGCAAGGCAGCCAAGCGCUCAAGCCCGGCUGCGCUUCCGCGAGCGCAUGGGCAUUGGCGGCCAAGAAGCGGCGGUUGGUUCCGGCCUAGUCCCCGAAAGCGAAGGCGGGCGCCUGCGUGUGAGUAAGAGGCCGGCCCGACGAAAGCGCGCAUGUCCCGUCCGGGAAGAUGAAGGUGGCGGUGGCCGGUUGCUGUCAUGGCGCGCUGGAUAAGCUGUACGAGACUCUGGAGCUGCUGGAGCAGCGCCACGCCGACGCCCGGCCGGAGUUGUUGCUCUGCGCCGGGGAUUUCCAAGCCGUGCGCAACGCGGCCGACCUGCGCUGCAUGGCGGUGCCGUCCAAGUACCGCCAGUUGGGAGGCUUUGCCAAAUAUUAUUCUGGAGAGAAGAAAGCGCCUGUCCUGACUAUCUUCAUUGGUGGCAAUCAUGAGGCCUCCAACCACUUGCAAGAGUUACCGUAUGGUGGAUGGGUGGCCCCCAACAUCUAUUAUCUUGGUUAUGCUGGAGUUGUCAGGUACCGAGGGGUGAGAAUUGGUGGCCUCUCUGGUAUUUUCAAAGGUCAUGAUUACAGAAGAGGUCACUUUGAAUAUCCUCCUUACAACCAGGACACAGUACGAAGCAUCUAUCAUGUGAGAAAUAUUGAAGUUUUCAAGCUGAAGCAGCUCAAGCAGCCCAUGGACGUAUUUUUGUCCCAUGAUUGGCCUAGAAGCAUCUACCACUACGGGAACAAGGCGUUGCUGCUUAAGAAGAAAUCCUUCUUCCGCUCAGAAGUGGAGAACAACACUUUAGGGAGCCCAGCGGCAUCAGAACUCCUGCAGCACUUGAAACCCAGUUACUGGUUUUCGGCUCAUUUGCACGUCAAGUUUGCAGCAUUAAUGCAGCAUCAGGCUGAUAAUAGCGAAGAGCAACCCAAAACGACCAAGUUUCUGGCUCUGGAUAAAUGCCUGCCCCACAGGGAUUUCCUUCAGAUUGUAGAGAUCGAACACAAUCCCACUGCAUCCGAUUGCCUGGAAUAUGACCCUGAAUGGAUUGCUGUUCUGAAGGCUACUAAUGAUCUCAUUAACGUCUCUCCUUGCUACUGGAACAUGCCUGAAAAUAAUGGACUGCAUGAAAAAUGGGACUACAGUGUUAACGAAGACGAUAUCAAGAAGGUUUUGGAAGAGAUCAACCACGACCUUGCCAUCCCCCAGAACUUCAGCAUUACCGAGGCUUGUUACAAUUCCAACAAGUCUCAGCAAAAGACUGACUUGAUUCAUAGAAUCAGCCCCCAGACUACCGAAUUCUGUGCCCGGUUCGGCCUUGUGGACAUCAAUGCUAAAAUUCAACAACGGAAGGAAGAGCACAGCGGUGAGGAGGAGGAGGAGGAAGAGGAAGAAGAAGAAGAAAUAGACACUACCGGGUCGAUGAUGGAGUCCAGUGCCGAUAUCUCUAGCUUAAUUUCUUCAAACCCUGAUGAAAUAUUACUGGACGAUGAUAGCUGCGAUGACGACUUGGAGACUUCAGAAGGGCCAUCCUCUGAUCUCUCCUGCAAUACUUCAGAAAUCUUUUCUGAUAUCAGAAUCCUGCCUGUUUCUAUGGCAGUGUCCCCCAAUGACACUCUGGACAUUGUAGAAGAUGAACUGGAGAAAUCCAGCAAUGGGAAUCAAUCCGAGGAGCCAAGCCCUGAGGGGAAGCCUUUGAAGCGCCUAAGUGAUGAGAACAAAGAAGGGACGGUUGGCCCCAAGAAAAUCAAAAGGCGGAACCAGGCUAUCUAUGCUUCCAAAGAUGAAGAUGAAGAUGAGACAGGAGAUGAGAAUUCCUUUUCUUGACUGAACCGAGUGAUGGGAUCAUAAUUCCUGGCGUACCUGUGGCAGCUUCAGAAGUUAUGGAGCUCUGUACACUUUUGAUAUUGCAGUUGUAAUAAAAGCUUUAUUUUUAAAAUAGUACUUUUUAUAAUAGAUCAAAUAUUUUACUGGCAUCCGCAGAUUGAUUAGGAAGAAAGAAAUUACAGGCUUUUGAGAAUUUUUGCUAUGGAUUUCCCUACAAUUUGGAUUUGUUUUAAUGAAUCAAAAAAAAAAAAGAAAUAUUGUUUGCAUCUAAUUGAAUCCAUUCAAAGUCUUUUCACUUUUAUUAAAACUCAUGUUUUUUUUUCUUUUAUCAUUCAAUUUACUUUUAUGUCCAUCCAUAUUGGGUGUAUUUUGCAGCAAUAACAAGUGGUUUCUCUCCUUUGUUCAAGUCAGUUAUCUUUAUUAUGGGCCUGAGAUCAGAUAAGUCCCAGAAUUGAAACAAGGAUAGUUACUCUGGUAUCAGGGGUGAAAUCUACUUACCUUCCUUACCGGCUCGGAAGUGCACACACCGCACAGACUUUCUGCACAUGCGCAAAACCUGCGCAUGCGCAGACGGUAAAAAACACAUUACUUCCCGGUUAAAACCAGGAAGUAAUGACACCCGGGCGGGUGGGCAGAGCUUUGCUCCGCCAUCACUACCGGAUUGCCCAACUACCAGCCACGAUUGCUACUGGAUUGUGUGAUCCGGUCUGAUCUGGGAGCAUUUCACCCCGUUUGGUAUCCUUCAGAUGUUUUGGACCUCAGUAUCCAUAAGGCCCUACGGAUAAAUGUUGAGCAUUGUGGAAGGUCCAUGUGUGUGCUUCUGGAAUAAUCUGUGAUAUUGUUAUCUCUAGGAUAACGGGCAAAAUAAUAAACAUUUGUGAAAUUGGAAAAGCAGAAUUGUGCAUUGGGCCAGAAGUGAAAGUUAUUCUCCUCAGUAUCAUAACAUUCUAAGCUCAAAUAUGUGUAUAAACGUUGUUUUACAAAAACAACACUUGUUUCCGGCUCUUGUUUUCCAGUUUGUGAAAGGAAGAUCUAUCUGCAUUUCUGUUUUUGUCCCAGCGUGUGCAACAUGAAGCUUCUUCUGGAUUAGAGUUUGUGCCAAGCCAUAAUUUAAGGACAAGGAUGA